ACAGUAAAAAAAAAAACAAUGAAAAACCGUAAGAAAAAUGUAUACUUUGAUGAUAUUUGCUAUGGACAUUAGCUGCUUCCAAUGCUGCUGUGCACCAAUGACACGAAGAAGAACUUUCUCGCAGGGCGUGGUGGGAUAGGAGUCUCCACAGUGGAGGACUGAAAACAGUGCCCCAGCUGGCUGGCUAGUUACAGAGAAGAUGGCUGCAGAGGGGAUUUUCAGGCCAGUGUCUGAAAACAGAGCGCCGUUUGUCAUGCUCAGCGACGACUAGCCAGCGUCUCGCCCCGGUUGUUCAUCUGGUCGGUUCCGCUCGGAUUCGGAGAGGAUAAAACAACAUGGGGUCGCAGACUCUACAGAUCCUGAGGCAGGGGGUCUGGGCUUCAGUAACAGGCGGAUGGUACUACGACCCCGAUCAAAAUACAUUCGUCAACGCUUUACAUCUGUACAUCUGGCUGUUUCUGCUAUGUUUCCCCUUCACUCUUUACAUGGCACUGCCACCAACCAUGGUGAUUGUGGGAAUCUACUGUGGUGUGAUUGCUGCCAUGUUUCUGCUGCUGAAGACGGUGAAUUAUCGCCUCCACCAUGCCCUGGAUGAGGGGGAGGUAGUGGAGAAGGCUAAGGAGAGUCAGGGCAGCAGAGGUGGUACAGAGGGCACUAAUGAUGGCGGUGUCACCCGUCGAGAGGACAGCAAUGGCCCAGGGGAUCCUGGAGGGGGUAUUGAGAUGGCAGACUUCAUCAGGCAAGAGACUCCACCAGUGGACUGCAGUUCAAGGAACUCCUACAUCGGCAUGGAGUCUAACCAGCAGAUUGCAUCCACCCAUGGAAGAGCAACAGUAGCCAAAGGAGAUGCUGGAAAGACUACAGAUGACAUUAGUUUGACUCUUGUUGAGAGCUGCAGCCAUGAUCAUGAUCUGUUGUCAGACACAAAGAUGUACUGCCUUGUUCCCAACGACUCCUUCGCCUCCCUCCAGCCCUCAACCUCCUUGUGUCCUUCAGAAGUGUCCAGGGAGCCUGCUGAUCUCUGUAACUCUGCUGCUUAUCACUUCAGCCUGUCACAUUCCUCCUGUGACACGGAAGGGGCUUCUCAUCCAUCCAUGCAAUGUCAGAAUUUUAGGAAGGAGAUUCGAUCUCGGGGCCUGCCUCGGACUUCUAGCUCAGCAGGUUCUGCUUUCCCUGACCCAUGUCUGCCAGAUUUUGGUCUGUACCCACCACCACGGAGAGGUGGCCUUGACCCUGUGUGUGAGCUUGAGACUGCAAGACCGCACAGAGCAGGGGUAUGUGACAGAGAAGGAGCCGGGAGACUUUACCAGCAGGAGCAGGCUGUGGCUUCAACCUCGGGAAUAGAUUGUUAUAGGCACAAAGAAUCCCGCAGAGUGGCUCGCUCAGCCUCUAGGGAGGCAGGGGAAGGUAGUUCAGGUCUAUAUCAGGUGGAAGUGGGUGGUGGUGGAAAAGGCUCUGGUGGAGGAGGGAAGUCCCAGAGAGGGGAGCGUAGUGCUGAUAGCCUAAGGAGCCUAAGUACUCGCAGCAGUGGCUCCACUGAGAGCUACUGCAGUGGCACUGACAGGGACACCAACAGCACCGUCAGCAGCUUCCACUCUGAACAGACUAGCUCAACACAUGUGGAGAGCCUGCUUUCUCUUUCAGGGGAUGAGCGUGUACGGGACAGAGGAGAUGCAGUGUCUGUCCCAGCAGACGGUAGGACUUGUAGCCUUGGUAAUAUUAGCUCGCGAGGUCUCAGUAACCUACCUUCCAGGGAGGCCAAUAAAAACCCUCACGCUAAUGAACUGACUGCUAAACAGCCUGCAGAAAUACCAUCCUCUGCAACCCAAGAGCUUGUGGACCCUGGCACGUGUCAGGAGGAGCCUGGAAUCAGGACCAGUGCUGAUGGCUCCACUGAGGUGGCUGUUACAGAGCAGGAGCAGGGGCAGGUGAAAGACAGCGGUCAACCAAAGUCAGCAAACCUUGUUCAAAGGACUUCCUCUCUGUCAACGGGGCGCAGCGGGCGCCGGAGGAACGGCAAAAAGAGGGCCAGCAGCUUUGAUGCCAGCCGUCACCGGGACUACAUUUCAUUGCGAGGCAUGGCCAAGCCUUGCAGUGCUGUGUUUACUGGGGGUGGAGAGGAAGACUCCAGUGAUCAGAGUGAACUCAGCUGCGCCUCCAGUCUCCACUCCACCCACCACCUAAGCACAGAUAGCUCCUCCAGUACCACCUCUCGCUCCUGCCACUCACCAGAAGGCCGCUAUAGGGCUCUGAAAGCCAAGCACACUGCAGCAAAUGCAGCCUCCUCCUCCUCCACAGUCAAAACUGCUACGGGAUCAGAGGCAGGAGUGAUAAGUGGAGGGAAGAGACGCAGUUCUCGCCGAACCCCUAGCACAGGCAGUGCCAAAACACAUGCCAGGGUGUUGAGUUUGGACAGUGGUACAGCUGCCUGCCUUAAUGAUCCCAGCCGCUUAGGAGCUCCUGCCGGUCCUCGGCCCCUUACCACCUCCAAGUCUGACCUGGAAGCCAAAGAGGGGGAAGUUCUGGAUGCAGCAUCCCUGCUGGGUCGGGCCUCCCAGCUGGAGUCAGUGACCCGCUCCAGGAACAGUUUGCCCAACCAGGCAGCUUUCGCUGAGCCUCAGGAUGCUACUGCUGCUUCCCUGCGGGCCCCAGGGAGUGAGGAGACUGUCAUAUUUCGCCGUGAGCGUAGCACGUUUCGUCGGCAGGCAGUACGGCGGCGUCACAACGCAGGAAGUAACCCCACGCCACCCACCUCUCUCAUUGGAUCCCCUCUCAGUCUUCAGGAGGCUCUCAGCCAGGCCUCCCAGCCUUCAGCUUCCCAGGUGAAAAGUCAGCCAUCAAGAACCCCAUCCCAGGUGACCGUGCUGAGCACAAGCACCUCCCUGCUGGCCAGGAAUGGAAGUACACACCUGGAGGGUUCUCAGGACAAGGCCUCAACUGUUGGCACUACCAGCUUGCAGGAUGACUUUGGAAAGAUCACUCCCUCCUUGUAUGAGGCUGGUGGGUGUGACAUGUCCCUGGUCAAUUUUGAACCUGCCACCAGACGAGCUUCAAAUAAUGUAUGGGACACCGACUCCCACCUCUCCAGUUCUACCUCAGUUCGCUUCUACCCUCAUGACCUGAUCCGUCUUAACCGUCUGUUGACAAUGGACCCAGAGCUGCUGGAGCAGCAGGAUGGAGAUCUGAGCCCAGAGCUCCAGGAUGCACCACUUGGGCAAGAGGACACUGCAAACAAUCCAGCUGUGGGAAAAGCCAGACACUACUACCGCUUGUGGCUUCUGCCCUAUCUGUGGGUUGGCCUGCACUUUGACCGGCUUACUCUGCUGGCACUGUUUGACAGGAACCGUGAGGUUUUAGAAAAUGUGCUGGCAGUCCUCCUUGCUGUCCUAGUGGCCUUUCUGGGUUCAGUGUUGCUGGUCCACGGUUUCUUCACUGACAUUUGGGUCCUUCAGUUCUGCCUUGUCAUUGCAAGUUGCCAGUAUUCCUUACUGAAGAGUGUUCAACCAGACUCCUCUUCCCCACGACAUGGCCAUAAUCGUAUCAUAGCAUACAGCCGGCCUGUCUACUUCUGCCUGUGCUGUGGCCUCAUUUGGCUGCUCCACUACAGUAGUCUGAGGACCACUUCAUCACGCUUCACCCUGUAUGGAGUUGCACUCACCAGCUCCCUGGUACUCGCCUCUGCCAGGGACCUCGUCAUUGUCUUCACUCUGUGUUUUCCCAUCAUUUUCUUUGUGGGCCUGCUGCCACAAGUCAAUACAUUCGUCAUGUAUCUCUUCGAGCAGCUGGAUAUCCAUGUGUUCGGGGGCAAUGCAUCCACAAGCCUCCUGUCAGCUCUGUACAGUAUCCUGCGCAGCAUAGUCACCGUCACUCUACUUUACGGCUUCUGCUACGGAGCUCUGAAGGAAACUUGGGAGCCUCAUCACAUCCCCGUAUUAUUUUCCGUGUUCUGCGGCCUCUUGGUGGCAGUGUCUUACCACCUCAGCCGGCAAAGCAGUGACCCUUCUGUCCUCAUUUCACUGAUACAGUCCAAGAUUUUACCCAAUUUAAAAGACAAGAAUCCAGAAGACCCUCUGUCAGAAGUACAGGACCCCCUACCAGACAAACUGAGGGCCUCGGUGAAUGAGCGUCUUCAGUCAGACCUGAUUGUCUGUGUGGUUAUUGCGGUCCUUUACUUCGCCAUCCAUGUCAGCACCGUAUUCAUUGCACUUCAGCCUUUCUUGAGUUAUGUUCUGUAUGCACUGUUGGGGACAGUGGGGUUACUCACCCACUACCUUCUGCCUCAAGUCCGCAAGCAGCUGCCCUGGUACUGCUUCUCCCACCCCUUACUCAAAACAAAGGAGUACUAUCAGUUCGAAGUCAGGGAUGCAGCACAUGUGAUGUGGUUUGAAAAGCUUCAUGUGUGGCUGCUGUUUGUGGAAAAGAAUGUACUUUAUCCUCUCGUCAUCCUUAAUGAGCUGAGUGGGAGUGCCAGGGAGCUCGCCAGCCCAAAGAAACUUGACACGGAGGUCGGUGCUCUGAUGAUCACAGUAGCAGGCCUGAAGCUGCUUCGUUCCUCCUACAGCAGUCCGACCUAUCAGUAUGUCACAAUUCUCUUCACUGUCCUCUUCUUCACCUUUGACUACCGACAUCUGUCUGAGACGCUGCUGCUUGACCUCUUCCUCAUGUCCAUCGUUUUUAGCAAGAUGUGGGAGCUGUUCUACAAGCUGCACUUUGUCUACACCUACAUUGCCCCAUGGCAGAUCACAUGGGGGUCAGCCUUCCAUGCCUUUGCUCAACCCUUUGCUGUGCCUCACUCGGCCAUGCUAUUUGUUCAGGCCAUAGUGUCCGCUGUCUUCUCCACACCCCUUAACCCUUUCCUGGGAAGUGCCAUCUUCAUCACCUCCUAUGUCCGCCCAGUCAAGUUUUGGGAGAGAGACUACAACACUAAAAGAGUGGACCACUCAAACACUCGGCUCGCCCAUCAGCUCGACAGAAACCCAGGAUCUGAUGAUAACAAUUUGAACUCAAUCUUCUAUGAGCAUCUUACUCGCUCUCUGCAGCACAGCCUGUGUGGGGACCUCCUUCUGGGACGCUGGGGAAACUUCAGCACGGGGGAUUGCUUCAUCUUGGCCUCAGAUUAUCUGAACGCUCUUGUGCAUCUUAUAGAGAUCGGCAAUGGCCUCGUCACCUUCCAGCUCCGAGGGCUGGAAUUCAGAGGCACUUACUGUCAGCAGAGGGAGGUGGAGGCCAUCACUGAGGGGGUGGAGGAAGACGAGGGCUGCUGCUGCUGUGAACCAGGCCACCUUCCUCACAUCCUGUCCUUUAAUGCUGCCUUUGGGCAGCGCUGGCUGGCCUGGGAGGUGCUGGUCACCAAAUAUGUGUUAGAGGGCUACAGCAUCACUGAUAACAGCGCCGCCUCCAUGCUGCAGGUUUUUGAUCUACGACGCAUCCUCACAACCUACUAUGUCAAGGGUAUCAUCUACUAUGUGAUUGCAUCCCCCAAACUGGAAGAGUGGCUGGCUAAUGAAACCAUGAAAGAUGGCCUGCGGGGAUGCAGUGAGAGAAACUAUGUCGACUUGGAUCCUACCUUCAACCCCAACAUUGAUGAAGACUAUGAUCAUCGGCUUGCAGGCAUAUCCAGGGACAGCUUCUGUGGGGUUUACCUGGGCUGGAUCCAGUACUGCAACUCUCGAAGGGCGAAGCCGCUGGACAGUGAGAAAGACUCAGCUCUGGUGUUGCUGUGUUUUGGCCUGUGUGUGCUGGGAAGGAGAGCUCUAGGAACAGCAGCCCACCAUAUGUCCAGCAAUCUGGAGUCCUUCCUUUAUGGACUUCAUGCAUUAUUUAAAGGCGAUUUCCGCAUCUCUUCAGUCAGAGAUGAGUGGAUCUUUGCAGACAUGGAACUGCUCAGGAAAGUAGUGGUGCCUGGAAUCCGAAUGUCUCUUAAAUUACACCAGGACCACUUCACAUCCCCUGAUGAGUAUGAUGAGCCAGCUGUUCUAUUUGAGGCCAUCUCCUCUCACCAGCAGAACCUGGUCAUUGCUCAUGAGGGUGACCCAGCCUGGAGGAGUGCAGUGUUGUCCAACUCCCCGUCACUCCUCGCCCUGCGCCAUGUUCUCGACGAAGGCACCAAUGAAUAUAAAAUUAUUAUGCUCAAUCGACGAUACCUCAGCUUCCGUGUCAUCAAAGUCAAUAAAGAAUGUGUCCGAGGCCUCUGGGCAGGCCAGCAGCAGGAGUUGGUGUUCCUGAGAAACAGAAACCCAGAGCGUGGAAGCAUUCAGAAUGCUAAACAGGCUCUGCGCAACAUGAUCAAUUCUUCUUGCGACCAACCCAUUGGAUAUCCCAUCUACGUAUCUCCACUGACCACCUCCUACUGCAACUCGCAUCCACAGCUCGGGCAUAUCCUGGGUGGUCCUAUCAGCAUCGGGAACAUCCGCAACUUUGUUGUUAGCACCUGGCACAGAUUACGGAAAGGGUGUGGUGCAGGUUGUAACAGUGGAGGGAACAUUGAAGAUUCGGAUGCGGGGGGGCUGUCAUGUGGCAGCGUGAAUGGGACGGCAGGUGACUCUCAGCAGAGCUCAGUGUCACAGGGUGGAAAUUCAGGACCUACACAUCCACACUCAUAUCCACCACACCCGCUGGGCACCAGUCAGAGUUCUCAGUCGGUUCAGUCGGGUUUGGUACGACACUCUCCCGCUCGAGCCUCUGUGGCCAGUCAGUCAUCUUCAUACCGCUACAGCAGCAGCCGCCAUUCCUCCUUGCGGACCUCCACCACAGGCCUGGAGCCCUGCCGACGCUCCUCCACCAGCCAAUUAUCUCUGCGCGCCCUCCCCACCACCCUGCAGCUACGGCUGGGCUCCACCUCUGACCCCACCGGCCCCUCCGCCUCCCUAUCCAGCCACAGCAUCCCUCCCUGCAAACGACACACGUUAGUGGGCCUGCUGGGCAACGACGGUCUGUGCAGCACUGUAACCGAUCCCCUCAGCCAGCACCACCACCAUCAUCACCACCCACAACAGCACAACCCUAUUAUCUCCACAGUGCGCAGAGAUGAUAUCUCCUACAGAGUGCAGAUUGUGGAUGUGAGUCAGGUGCUGGAGAACAUCAACUUAUCAAAGCGGAAGGAGCUGCAGUGGCCUGACGAGACAAUGAGACUAAGAGCAGGUCGGACCUGCUGGAGGGACUGGAGCCCCUUAGAGGGCAUGGAAGGACAUGUGAUUCACCGGUGGGUGCCUUGUAGUCGUGACCCAGCCAAUCGCUCCCAUAUCGACAAGACCAUCCUGCUGGUACAGGUGGAUGAUAAGCUAGUGCCCGUUAUUGAGACUGGGGUCAUUGAGUUGGGUGCAGAGGUCUGAAACAAGCAAGCACAUCAUGCAUCUGUGCGAAGACGAAGCCAGACCUCCCUGGCGUUCAGCAGGACAAAACGCCUGCAGACAAAUAGGAAACGGGAGCUCUCCCCCCUCCCUACAUCCUUAUUGCUGAGGGGGAAAGGAAGCCAGGGAAAAGUGCAAGCAGAGGCAGAGUAUACAUUCAUUCAACAUCCUUUACUGCAUUGGCAUACAUUCACAGUAUCUGCCUUGCUUUGCAUCUCAGAAAUGCUGCAUGACAGUAAACAACUCUUAAGUUAGUUCAUGCUACUGGUAAUUAAUUUCUAUGCAUUUCAUUGAUGAUUUUGUGGCAAAUCUGACAGAACUGAGUGUAAAGAAUGUGUGUCAUCUUUUGUGUCUUGUUUGUCUUUAAAUAAUUUGCCAAAUAAGCCUGGUAUUAAGUAUCUGCCAUGGUUUCAUUCACGAGAGCUUUUUUUUUUGCUGCCAAGACGACAGAGAACAUUGAGGCACAAAUCAGACCAGACUGAUAAUGGAGACUUUUUGUUCCUGUGCUCAACACACUCCUCUGUUUCAUUGUUGUCAUUCCCUUUGGAUUAGUUUGAAAUUCGCAAGAUUAUUUUGCGCAAAGAAAAAACAACUUGCACUAUAAUUUAGUUUUUUCUUUUUAUUUACAGUGAUGCACUACAAUCUUUAGAUAAUAUCACAUUUUAUUUAUUACAGACUCUGAAUGGCCAUGGUUACCGAUGCCUUGGGAAUGAAAAAAAUGCAAUCAUUUGUUUUCAGCCAUUUUUAUUUUACUAUUUUGUGUUUGAUAAACUUGAAAAUAACUUUUUACUGUAUAUGUCUAUAUCUAUAUCUAUAAAUAUAUAUAUAUUAAAAUAUAUAUAUAUAUAUAAUGUCAUUGUAUAAAAAAAAAAUUGUUUUGAAUAUUUAUUACUGUGAACAUGGUAUUUACACUUUGUUACAUCUUUUUUUUUCAUUUUGAGACAAAGGUUAAUGUAUUAAGGACCAUUGGUUGAAAACAAGAUGCCGAAUUUUUGAUGGGACUGUUUCACUAUUUAACUUAAUUCUUUUCUAAAUGGAGAAAUAAAAGUUUGAUUUAUUGCUUACAUCUUUAA